GGGUGAACGGUUCAAGGGUCCGGGAGGACUGGUCCCCGCUUCUCUUUUCUACUACCACCCCCCCCCCCCGACCUCCCCCCCAACUCCCCACCACUGAGAGCAGGGGGAGAGCGGUCACCGAGUGAAGCGGUGCCCGAGGACACGCUGCCCGCAGCCAGGAGGAAGCAGAGGCUGCGAUUUAUGCUCCUCACCGCCAACACCAUGAUCUUCAUGUUGGUGGGGACGUCCAUGGUGAUGGCGAUAGCUUGCAUCGUGGAUAUGAACGCGCUGUUGGACCGAUUCCACAAUUAUAUCCUCCCGCAUUUACGGGGUGAAGACCGGGUCUGUCACUGCAACUGUGGAAGGCACCACAUUCACUAUGUAAUUCCCUACGAUGCUGAUCAGUCCGUGGUCGAUUCCUCAGAAAAUUACUUUGUGACGGACAAUGUGACAAAGCAGGAGAUUGACCUGAUGCUGGGUCUGCUGCUGGGCUUCUGUAUCAGCUGGUUCCUGGUGUGGAUGGAUGGUGUCCUUCACUGUGUUGUCAGGGCCUGGAGGACAAGCCGGCGUUACGAUAAUUCCUGGUCCUGGAUCCCAAGGUUAUGUAAUCUGAAGGACUUUAGGAGACGUUCCCACCGGCAGUAUGAGGACUCAGCGGGGAAUAUGGUGCAUAUCAAACAGAAACUAUAUCAUAAUGGGCACCCUAGCCCCCGACACCUGUAACUUUUAACUGCUGGAAAGCUGGGACUCAAAACUUGGAGCCUGUGGAGACUCCAGACUGUUUUUAAACUGGAUGAAAAGUCAACACUGCUCCCCCCGAUGAGAUGGUGGCUGUCAUAAGGCAGCUGGAGUGACCUGUACAUUUUGUAAAUACCCUGGGUUACUGCCCAAAGUGGCUGCUUCUCUGUAAUCGUUUCUUAUUUGAGUACGUAGAACAAGAGGUGCUCGGAGAUGACUCACUGGUAAUCUGGUUUUAACUUUUUUGCAAAUCACCCCAUUAUGUUAAAAUCUGCUCAUAGAUCUCCUUCCCUGCCUGUGUACACUGACCUCCCUACGUCAACCUACCAGUCUACCAGAGUCUGUGUAAUCUGGUAGAUUAAUGGGACUCCUGUCUCUUUUGAAGGCAACAUUUAAGACCCACAGUUUGUGAAUGAAAUACAAUCAACCUGAAUAAUUGCAGCCAACCCAGGAGUGUAUUGGCUCUGUGGUCACUGUAGAGUGAGAGUACUCAUGUCCAGUGUUGGUUAGAAAUUUAGUCCAAUUGACCAGUUUAGACUUUAAAAUGCCCUGGUGUUUUGUUGUGGAGGGUUCUUAGUUAUUUGGAAGUAGGUAUGUUUGGACCUGGUUUUCGGUAAUAGGAGCAGCUGAGAAAUCUUCAGGCAAGGAAUUCAAGGCCAAAAUCAGGUCCCAGACUGUAUGCUUGAGGCAAUUUAGAAUCGUGCUACUCUGUAGGAUAUUACCACAGGAUGUGUAAAGAUUCAGUAGUCUAUAGUACACUGUAAACCCACCACCAUUAAAAAUAUCAAUUCCCACGCUCCUCCUUUUAUUGAAAUUUAAUAUUGCAACAAAAGGAACUGUAAUUUGUAACUAAAAUUUGUAAUUCUUUUGUGUAGUUAAAUGUGAGGGCUGUUAAACUGCCUCUUCCAGUUAUUCCCACCCCCUCCAUUUAUCUGCUCCUCCCUAUCCUGUGCAUCUCUACACAAACCCCCUUGCACUGGAAGGUUGGUACAUGCCAUUCCCCUCCAGUCACUGCUGCUGAACAGGAGAUUUAACUGGGCAGCUGGAAUAUCUAUCCGAUGUAAAGAGCUGAAUUCUGAGGGCAGUAGGUGGAAUUGAUUAAUAAUAUAAGAGCAAUUAACUGGAAAAUGCCAUAACCUGUUGUGAGAACUGUCUAAUAACAUUGAAUUGCCCACUUUCUCUUAGGAAACUACAAUAAUUUCCUAUAUAUUUCCAGAAAGGCCAUUGCACAUAAGACCAAUGCUGUCAGCUCUCAGAUACUUGAACACUAUUCUGACUGGGAUGAGAACUCGGGUAAAGAGGGAUAUCUGAGCUGUUUCAAUACCUGCUAAUUGUUAAUUUCUUUCUCACUAGUGCUGAUUUGUUAUCUUGUGGAAAUGUGUGUGAAAUGUACACGGAUGAGGCGGGCUGAAGGCACAAAGUGUGUUUAAAAAUACAGAACAGGUGAAUGUGAAAAGUGUCAGAGGGGAAUAAAAAUUAAAAGUAAUUUUGAUGUUGA